AUGGCCAACAUGAUCAAUAGUGGAACACGUGAGUUACACAUGAAAUAACAUAGAUUAAUGCCAAAAUUGCUUUAACUAUUACUUAAAUAUAAUACAGUAAAACUUCCUUAUAACAAUCAUUAAAGAGACCGAAAAUAAUGACCGCUAUUUAGAGGUGACCGUCCUUUAGAAAUUUCCUAUAAAGACAUAGGCAUAGCAUUGACGGGACCAAAAAGAAUUACCAUUACAAGGGUGAUCGUUAACGGAAUUUUACUGUAAUAUAAAUGAAAUACAUAAUAAAAAAUCUGUGUGUAUAAUAUUUGAACUUACGUAUUUUUAAAUAGUUUACUUAAAUUGAAUAUUUUUUUUAAAUAUUCAUCAAUUAAAAAAAAAAUUAGUGGUGUAUUGCCGUUUUACAUUGUAUACUGUUUGUAUCUCUGUUUCCCAUGUAUUAUAUAUUGUUAGUUAAUUUCUUUAUUUCUACAUCUUCUAUUGUUUAUUCAUAAAUGUAUGACAUAAGUUUUUUUAAACAAAAAAUAUUGUUUAAUGUUGCCUAUUAUAUGGUGCCAUCUGUGUAACACAACCAUUGUUCUGUGUAACAUUUAAUAAGAAAGCAACACAUUUCUUUGACUGCUGACAAUUCCCUUUGAAUUAAUUUAUAUUGUUUUUAAACAUUAAUAUCUCUAGGCAGUGAAUAGGUUUUGCCAUAUACCCUGAUGAGUGAAAGGUGCAAGGCUGUCGGAAAUAGAUAUCAUUUGAAGGUAUCCUCCUAGAAAUAUUAUAAUUAAUUCUAAAAACUCUUUACGAUUAUUUCUGGGUAAUUUCCCCACGACUUUAUUUUCUUUAAAAAACAAUAUUUCCAGGAACCAUGUCUCAAUUUGUUACGCACAUCACAAUUAGUUCUAAAAAUAGAAAAAAUUGAUUUAUCUAUACUUGGCCAAUUUUUUGGAACUUCUUAAAAGUAGAUACAUCUGGAAUAAAUAUAAUAGAGAGCUUUGUUUCAGGAAAGUCAUCUUGUAAGAGAAUUUCAUACAUAUGAUGACGAUAAGCUAAUAAUAAAAUUUAUCUUUCUAAUUUUUGUUCUAAAAGAACCCAUAGUUUAUUCAGUAGACUUGUAUUAGCAACAGUAUCAACAAUCAUGGCUUGAAUUUGAUCUUUCAAUGAUCAAUCGAUUUAUAUGUCAUAUACUGCAGAUGAUACUUUGGAUCUUGUAGAUGAUAUGAGAAUAUGAAUGUCACUAUACGAAAGUAUAACACAAAGUUGUGAGCAUAAUAGUUCAUUACGGUUAACUUAUUUAUUUGAUUUAUAAAUACAAUUUGAUUGGCAAAAAAGUAACUCAAGAGUCAGGAAAAAUUAUUCGUAUCUUAUUAAUUAUAUUAAAUGAAAUAAAAUGUGACUGGGUGAUGUAUUAUAACAAAACGAUUUUGUAAAUCGAAAUUAAAUCACAUAAUUUUUAAUUUAAUAUAAGUUAUAAUAAAUGUUUAAAACUUUUUUUUAGUCAAUUUAAUUUUAAAUUUAUUUUAUUUUAUAGUAUAUCAUUGUGUCUUUAAUCCAAUUUUUUUUAAAAAUAAAAGUAAAAUAAAUGUUUUUAUGCAUUCAACAUUUUCAUGUGAAAUAAUGGGUUAAAUAUAUUUUGUAUAUUAAUAUUUUUUUUUUUGUGUUAAUUUAAAAAUAAUUGCAAAAAACUAAAAGGCAACCACUUUGUGCAAUAAUUUCACUUUUUCUUGGCAGAGAAACAGUUUAGUUUUCCAAUCCAAAUUUGCAUAAAAUUAUUUUUUUCUUUUCGAUACAAAAAAUUUGGUGAUAAGUUUACACAUUUUUACUUUUUCAAGAAAAUAAUCACCUUAAUAUAUAUAUAUUUUUAUUAUAAAAUUAUAUUUACUAACAUUAACUAUUUCUGUCUCACUAAGAGCAACAUAGAUUUAUUUACUUCAAACAACAUACAUAUUUUUAAAAAUACAUUUAAGUCCUUAUUAUAAAUACCUCUUAUCAUUAUUGUUGUUUAUAAUCGUUUCAAAAUUAACCUUAAUGAUUAAGUUAUAGUUAAAUUCAAAAAAUUAAUAUUGUUAUUCUUGGUAUUGGUAUUAUUAUUAUAUAUUAUUCAAACUACUAAUAAUUAAUAACAUUUUUGUCUUAUAUUAUUAUUAUAUAUUGAACUAUAUGUCCAUAAAUAAAUAGCAACAAUUUGUUUCUUAGAAUUUAAAUUACACAAUUCAGAUAACAUAAUUUAAGUAUGAGAAUAAUUUCUAAUGCACCAUAUAGUUCUAUGUCCUAAAAUAUUGUUUGCUCAAAGUAGCAGCUGAUUAUAAAAAAAAAUAACAUAGCCAUAUUUGUUUAAUUUGUUAAUAUUUUUGAAAAUAAUAGAUUUCGUAUAGUGCCCACUUAUAUUAAUUUAAUAAUGUCCAUUCAAUUAACAUAAUGUGUAUAAUGAGGAUAAUUUAAAACAACUAUACUAUGACUGACUAAGGGACAGAUUUUAUCAUUAAUUUCACAAAUACGUUAUUUAUUUUACCAAUAUCUUUUAAAUAAUAUAAACCGAAAGUAAUUAAUGAUACACUUCAUUUUAGUUCAUGUUUUGAUUAUUGAGGUAAAGUAAACUUAAUUGAGUUUCCUUACUCAAAUUAUUGUUACGUGUAAUUCAUAGUAUUUUGACCAGUCAAAAACUAAUUUUUUAUAUCUAGAUUUUAGCUAACUUUUUUCAUUCAUCGUAUUAUUUAAGAAUUUAAAACUGUAGUUCAUAAAUUACCAAAGCUGAAACCCUAUUGUGAUUAACUUAAAUUAUUAAAUUUAGCUCAUAUUUUAAAUAAUGACAUGCCAUUUUUUUUUUUAACAAAAAUAAACUUUUUGUGAAAAAAAACAUAUUUUUAUGUGCAAAUUAAAUUAUGUUUUAUAAUUGAAGGACCAGCGUUACCUGACCAGCCUAGGGAUCGUCGUAGAAAAAAGAUCGAUGCAACAAGUUAUUUAUAUAAAGUUCCGUUCGCCUUCGGUAAGUAUAUUUGUAUAUUAGUUUGUUGUUUGUUAUUUCUUAUUUUUGAGGUUUUUGUCAUUAAGACCAUCUCGUCACACCCUCAUCCAAAUUUUUCUGCCAACUUCGGUUAUUUUUUAUCUGAUCCUUAAUUAAGCCUGAUUCUUAUGAUAAAAUUUUGUUUAAUAACACGAACAGUAAAUUCACGGUUAAUGACAAAUUUAACUGCUGGUUAGUGUUGAACGGAUAUUGUAAGAACGGACCUUAAAUAUUCCUUGUCUCUGCAUAACAUAUACUCAACUCAAAUAGUAUUUUACAUUUAUAAACUAUUUUUUUAGGCUGGAAUAGAGAAAUAGUCCUGAGAAAUACAUAUCCAAGAAAAAAAAAAAAGGGCGAUGUGUAUUAUUACUCGCCAGAAAAUGUAAAAUUUAGGUCGAUAAAAGAAAUUUUCAGAGCAUUGCCAGAAAACGGAAUAUUGAAAACCAAACAUUUUUUAAUGGCACCUAUUCCAACGGAAGUAAAUGAUUAUAGGACAGAAUUUAUCCGCAAGGCCGGUACAAAACCAAAAGAAGUAAUAAAAAUUGUUUUAAAAAUGUUUAAAAAAAAUAUAUUAUUAAAUAUAAUAUUGUUUAAUUUUGAUUUAUAUGUUCUCUUGUUAUAAUAUGAUUUUAGUAUAUGGAAUUUAAUAAUAAGCGUACACGGAAUUUAGCCACUGAAGAAGAAGCUGCUGUCAAUGGUAUGGGUGAGUAGUUUGGAAGGUAGUAGAGUGGAAAUUUAAUGUAUAUCUGUACGCAAAGAUUAACCAUUGAUAAUGAAAAAACGAUUCUGAGUAGAAUUUGAUUGAUAGUGUUGCUCUGUAAACAAUAUAUAUGCUAUAUUAUGGUAAAAUUAUUACAUAGGCAUUAUAUAUUUUCUUUAAUAAUAUUUAUAUUGUACCUAUUUUACCGUUUUUCUCAUUUAUUGGGAAAACUCUUGAGGAAAAUCAAAAAAAUCUACCUUCUUAAAGUUCCUCUCCAAUCAAAUUAAUUUUUAGAAAAAGUAUUAUCAAAGUAAAUUGGAGUGAAAUUGAUGUAAGAAAUAUUGUUCAUAAGAAAACAAAUUUGUAAUUUUUUUAUCAACUAAUACCUACAGUUCCUAUAUUUUCCUAUUUUUAAUAUCAUGGAAUUUUCAACAUUAGCCAUAACAUAAUAUUAUGUAUUUAAUUGUGAUAAAGCCUAGUAUACAUAUAUUGAUGUGUAAUUAUUGUUGCAAUAAUCGCUCAUAUGUAAACAUUUUUUAAAUUUUUUAAUGGUUAGAACUCGCUGAUAGUUUUCUAUUCUUAUGUUUACUAUUUUUGUUGUUCAUAAGGGUGAAUAAUAGUUCUUAAUUUUCUAAUGAACACACUUUGGAUCUCUUGAUAAUCCAUAGCACUCUUCAUAACUUGGCACCUUUUAAUACAACUGCAUCUACAUCAAAAUAUGAAUAUUGAAUCUCUUAACAAUAGUACAUUUUUUUUUGGUAUAAAAUGCUUUUAUUAAUAAUAAAACACCUAUGCAUUAUAUUAAUUAUUUUCACAACUACAGAAAUACACAACGGUUUGUUAAAAUUAAAAAAUUAAAUAAAAUUGUUUUAAUUUUGUUUUAGGUGUCAAGGAAGAAAAUAUUGCACCAUCUACAUCACAGCUAUGUUGUCACUGUAACAAUUACCACAAUUAA